AUGCCUCUAUCUCAAUUCCUUCUGCGAAUGUCAAACUUCCGCAACCCACUUUUGCGAACUUUAGUGCCUUCGAUAUCGACAGCCUUCGCUAUUCAAGCAGCGUUCGCCGUUCCCUCCAUCAUCUGUCAAAGUGAGCGCUUCUACGACUUUUCUGGGUCGUUGACGUUCCUCUCCGUGACAGCUCUCAGCCUUUACCUCCCUUCGGUGCGCGUCAACAAUGUGUCCUCGGCUCAACCGGGCCUCCCAAGCAUACUGGCCCCAUUCACCUCCCCUGGGGGCCUUGGGGCGUUGAACUGGCGCCAAGUCGUGCUUUCGGGUGCCGUGGUCUUCUGGGCCUUGAGAUUGGGGUCCUACCUCUUCCAGCGCGUCUUGUCUGACGGCCAGGAUUCGCGUUUCGACGAAAUCAAACGCAGUCCUGCCAAGUUCGCCGUGGCAUUCACAGCACAGGCGACCUGGGUUUCGCUCUGUCUCCUCCCCGUCAUCACAUUGAACGCUGUUCCGGCUGCUGCCUUCGCCUCCAUCCCGGCCGUCCAAGCCACGGACGUGCUCGGACUUCUUGUAUACGCUGGCGGUUUCGCCUACGAGAUCAUCGCAGACAGGCAGAAGAGCAAGUGGGCGGCGGAGAAGAAGGCCAAGGUUCACGACGAGGAGUUCCUCACCCGUGGGUUGUGGAGUCGCAGUCAAUUCCCCAAUUACUUUGGAGAAAUCUCGCUAUGGACAGGCAUUGCAACCGCAGCUUUCGGUGUCCUCGCAGCGCGACCGAUUCGGGCGGGGCUGGGUCUACCCCUAGGCAUUGCUGGGUCCGCGCUCGCCAUGGGCAUGUCCUAUGUUAGCCCGGCAUUCGUCAGCUUCCUACUGCUGAAGAUAUCCGGCGUGCCCCUGAGCGAGAAGAAAUACAACGAGCGUUAUGGUCACAGGAAGGACUACCAAGCGUGGAAGGAGAAUACGCCAAAGCUGAUACCCAAGCUAUUCUGA